CGUUCCUUUUACAGAAGCGAGUUACUUUCCACUAACGAAGAGCUUGUGUACUGCAAAGUACUUUGUGUAUAUGGCGUUACAGCAUAAUGAUCCCCCGCUGACGCUCCCCCCAGCGGAAUGUUUCCUGGUCAAGGGUCCCGCAAAAUGCGACCUUCGUAGGUUCGGCUCAAGCGGACCCCGCUUCCGAUUUAUAGCCGGCUGGUGAUGGGAUCCGCCUCAAGACGACCACCGUUAAGAGAACCGAUACGGAAGUUAUCAUCGAUGCAACCUUUGAAUGAGAAGAUAAGUAUCAUUCCUCCACGAAGAGACAACCAUGUGCACCAAAAAGGGGAUGACCAGCCCUGUGGCUUCUCUAAAAAGCUUCCAGAGAACCGUGCAUGGAGGCCCUUCACCUUGAGCUACGCCGAGAGAUUCAAACCCAACCUGUGUCCAGCCAUCUUGUUCCCAUCGACGUUUGCCCUUCGUGGCUUGAGCCGUUUUCCAGUGCAGAACUGCAAGUACAACAGGCCCAAAGGGAAUUACGUAGCCUACACCCUCCCGACUUUUAAAGACAAUCUGAAGAGUGAGUUGUACCCAGAUCCCGUGAUGGGAGCCUCCCGCUCCUUUCUUCAAAGGAUGUCGGAGUUGUCGUCCUUGGAGGAGGAGACGGCGUGGGAGGAAAAGCUCAAGAAAAUGAGGCUUUCCAGAAAAGCCUCACCAUCCUGACAACCACUGCUACGCCAGUCAAGGUGGUCCAGAGAGGGAACAGACUUUAAGUUGAUGCCACGGACAGGCGAGGGACAUCAAACCUUGAGGGCACCGUGCUCAUUUAGGUGGCUCCUUCUCUCUGCUCUUUUGUCUUUACUCGUGCUAGUUUUCUGUGUGGCAUGGUUGGCUGUCACAUUAAGUCAUUUAUGAACUGACACACGUGGUUUCUUUUGCUUUUUUUUUUUUUUUUUGUGGCGUUCGUGAUCAAGCCCAGACAUCCCAAACAUUAAUGCAUUCGCAUCACAGGACAUUUUGUAGUCACCAAUUCAAUAUGCAUGUUUUUGGGAAAGUGAGUGGAACCGGAGUACCCACGGAGAACCCACACAAGCAUAAACAACGUGCACACCCCCACACAGGAAGGCAGGAGCCCAGAUACAAACCCACAAACUCGACUACAGUCCUACCGCAUUAAAAUCAAAUCAACUUUCUCCAAUCAGAUUAAUCAGAUUUUCCAACCCUUACAUUGUGUUACUUACAUAGUCAUAUUCUGAAGUUACUCACCCUGGUUGCAAUGUGAUCUUUGACCAUUAUAUGUAAAGACCAGAGGAUUAGGCCAAAAAUGUAUUUCCACAAUACCCAAUUUGAUCUCUGUAUAGUUUAUUACUCUGACUUUACUCUGACAGUUCCACACAUGAGCUCCCUCCGUGUUUGAUGAAGAAGCCUCUCUCUGCACCUGCAACAUUGCAAAAUGGUGGGUUGCCAGCUUUCAACACACUCCCUCCCCCCAAAAAACUUUUCUUAAAAAAUAAAAAAGGCACGCUAUCUUGAAAAUGCAGAUUGUGGCAUCUAAACAGGUAACAUUUGUUACGUCAAGUCUCGUGAAUGUUGGAGACAGGAAAGACGCAUGCAAGGUGGGAUUUUACAUUUAUAGCGUUGAUCACAUGUACAAUACAUUAAAAAAAAGUGAGUCAACUCCUUACAUUUAUGUACAUAAACUAUGUGUUUUUAUUUUUUUAAUGAGACAACACGGAUAUGUCUCCUCUCAAGACAAUUUCUGAAUAUAACGCUGAUAAACUGCACCCAACUUCUUGGUUGGCCUUUUCUGAGUGGAACCUAUUUACCGGUAUUUAAAAUGUUGUAAUGUUCUGGCCAACAUGCUGCACCUCAGUUUCAGGUUGUUCACAAUCUUCUUAUAUAAUCGUUAUACAAUCUUAAAGCUCCACUGGCAUGCCUAUAAACAUUCUAAAAUAUAUAUUGUAAUGAAAAAUACAUAUAACAUCAUUCACUUCAAUGUCUAUACGAAAAAAUAAAUAUGGGCGAAGAGCAUGUCAUCCAUGCGCAAAGUUGCGAAGUCUCACUCGACUUCCCAGUGGCAGCCGUAUCGCCUGCAAGGUCAUCAGCAGACGUCACACUGGGAUAGUCGCCAUUGAAAACAGGUAGCGGCACCUGCUAUGGGGAAGGAAAGAGAUUUUCGGAUUUUUCCCACGCCACUUCUGACACGGAAGCUCUUUUCGAAGAAGUGAACAUCUCAAAAUUGAGUAAAGUCACCGGGGCAAUAUUACCCUAUCGUUUCGAGCCAUAUUUAAAUGAUAUGCGGAUCACUUCUAACUAACAACAGACUCCCCGACAGGAUGUACUCAGCCGCAAGCGACGACAACGCCGUAAAGCGACCCGGCCGACCCCCGUGACGAGCCACCUCGGCUGAAGCCGCGAUUGGCGGACGCGGUGCCAACGUGCACAUCGACACAUUUAGCAUCCCUGACUUACGGAUCUUUUAUUGAUUAUGCGGAUCUUUUUUUGCGUUCUGAGAGGAUUACGUCCCCUCCUCCAACUAUUAUUUUUUUUAGUAGCUCUAUACACACCUACCUGUAAUUUGUAACCCACGAAGCUCUUUUCCUUUCCACCUGUCCAAUCCAUUUUUCACGACAAAUCUGGUCUCUUGCAAACUUAUGAAGGGUAAAUCCAUCCUCCUGACUGUUCAAGCAAUGUCCAGCAAUGCAACGAGCCGGAAUUUUGGCUAACCCAAAGGAACCAAGAGCUACCUUCGCCCAGGUAAAACUAACUGAAACAUAUGAGCCUGCCCAAGUGCACUAAUGCCCUGUGCGUCACUUCCUGCUUCUUCUCCAAAACAAAUCCCCCGAGAGGAUUUUCAUGGCGGGAGUUACAAAAAGCCAUAUAUGUGAAAAUCAUGUUUUGUGGUGAAAAAACGGAUGGGUCCAUUCCGGCUGCCCUUCUUUUUUGUUUGUUUUUAAUUAAAAACAUACUAAAAAUCAUGCUUUUCAUGUCAGUGGACCUUUAUUGUAGAACAAUAAUUAUUUUUCCAGAUCCUCAGAGGUUUUUUUUUCGUUUGCCAUGAGGAGCCAUAUUGAACUUCUCAAGAUGACCAAUAAAGAGUGUGAAAGCAAUCAGACAUAUGCCCCCCAUUGACAUCUGAGACCUAAGAAUUGAAAACGGGUAAUUGGGCUCAAUUUGGACUUUUUCCCUUUAGGGAUGUACUCUCUUUUGUCGCCAAGGAUUUGACAUUAAUGGCUGUGUGCUAAGUUAUUUUAAGGCGACAACAACUUUACAGUUAUCUAACCAUUUCAUAGUGUAUCAAAGUGUCGUUUCUUUGGUGUUGUCCAAUCAAAUGAUAUGAUAAAAUAUUUACACUUUUGUAAAAUACAGUCUUGUAUUAUCAUACACCAAAAACAGAUUUCAUUUUUUGUCUCACUGAAGUCAAAUCAGACUAAACAGGAGACUGUUUACAGUCGGUCAGAGUCACCAUAAUUAUUGAAUUUUGUUGAAUGGCACAAUGGCGAGAGAGAAUUUCUUAGAGAAUUGCACAUCAAUUUCUUUGAGGUCAAAAGUAUGCAUACACAAAAAGUACUACGUCGCUCAAGAACAUGGGGAAGCCCAGAUGAUGAGGUGAUGGCUUUGGAAGCUCUUGACAGAUUAACUGACAACGUGUGAGUUAAUUGACGGCACACCUGAUGUUGUAUUUAAGGCCAUACCUCAAACAUUCUGCUUCCUUGUGUGAAAACAUGGGGAAAUCAAGAGAAAUACGCCAGGAAAUCAGAGAAAGUAUCGUGGCGCUCUACAACUCUGGUUCAUCCUUGGGUGAAAUUUCCAGAUGCUUGAAGGUGCCACGUUCAUCUGUCAAUUAUAUGCAAGUAAAAACAUCAUUGUAAUGUCCAGCCAUCAUACUGCUCAGGAAGAAGACGGUUUCAGUGUCCCAGAGAUGAACGUGUUUUGGUCCGAAAUGUGCGAAUCAAGCCCAGAACAAAACCUAAAGACCUUGUGAAGAUGGUGGAUGAAGCUGGUAAGAAAAUGUCACUAUCCACAGUGAAACGCACUGAGAAUGAAGCCCUUACUCCCAACAAAAACACAAGAUUAGAGUUUGCAAAAAGACACCAAGACAAAUAUCUUACCUUCUGGACACACGUCCUGUGGUCUGAUGAAAGUAAAGUGAAGCUGUUCGGCCAUAAUUACGAAGAGAGUCAAACCUGU